AUGGAUGACCCAGCAAGUCGCAUGCAUGGCCAACUGCUGCCCCAUAUGCAUUUGGUCUCGCAGCAGGCUUAUCCGCAAAUGCACAUGAUGCCAACAGAGACGGCGGUUGAAUACCUGACCAGCGCACCCCGAGUCUGUCAAGCAAAGCCAGUGCAUUGGAUGUUCUUAGAAUCCCCCGCUGAUGGGACUGUUAUGCUCACCUGGCUGCCAUUGGCGCACCUUGCGAACAAAUUCGCUAGCGAUGGCUAUGUUUGGGCUGAUCCUGAGCAGACCUUUAGUUUUGAAUCCCGGGGUUUCACCGUCGAGAUGUCUGUCCACCGCUGUGGCUUUAGCCCUCCGAAUGAAUCUGUAGCGACGCACACUCGCAAACGUUACCGUAUCGUCGCGUCCAAGACCAACGCUGCCUACGACCCAGCGCUCUGCAUUGUCCACUACGCUCGCGCUCCUCACAAUGACCAUUUGCCCACCCAAAGAAUUCAAAUAACUCCUCAAAUUCAAAACGUCAUUUCGCAACGACGCUUCUUACAAUCCUCCGGCCAGCUCAGUCGCAAAGAAUUCAUGCUCCACGACCGAAACAACUGGCCCACUGUUCCCUUCCCACCUCAGGUCACCCCUCAAGGCUUCGCCCAACCCCAGGCACCUUACGCCAACCCCGCUGCUGCUCAAGCUCGACCCGGCUUCUACCCACCUCAAGGUCAUCCCGGCGCUGCUGCUGCAGUCCACCCAUCAGCCAAGGCUCAGCGCGCCCCUCGCGCUUCCACCGCCGCAAUGACUUCUUCGGCUGUUGACCCUACACUUCAAGAUGAGGAUGUGUCUACUGGAGACUUGAUGGAUGAGUUGACCCCUCGAGAUGUCAGCAAGAUGCGUUACACACACAACCAUGAGAUGAUGAGCGAGAUCUUCGACUCUCCUUACACCAUGUCUCAAAUUGCGCCCGUCUCACUUGGUUUGGGUCGUAAGGGAGAGCUGGAGAAACUGACUACUGGUUUCUUUGAUGCGCCUACAGGUGCAGCUGAUGAAGAAGCUCCCGUGGCAGCCAAGUUGGGACCAGCCAAGACGAAGGAGUUUGCGGAGCGCACUGCCAAGCACGUGGCAGACACAACAGCUGAGAUUGAGAGACUUAAGAAGCAGCAUGCUCGUCGCCUGCAGAAGUUCAAGCGCACCUCACUUUUCCGGGACGCCGAAUUGCGACUCAGAGAAUCUGCCGCUGAUCCUACACAGACAGGACCUGAGGUUUGGCGAUUGGAAGGUCGCAUUCCCAUUCCCUCGGAGGACGAGGAGGUCCCACAGCCCGAUUAUCCCCAAGAUAAAGCCAAGUACAAGGUCGACGAUGUGGUUCGCGAGGUUGAAGCAUCCUGGGACAAACAAAUCACGGCUGUGCCCAAGGUCUCAUGCGUUGAGAAGGGUGGUCUUCUUGAGAAGAUUGAACCGGAAGAAAAGGAAGACCCCGAGUCUUUCGCCAACGACAUGGUGUUGGACCAGGCAGAUGAUCUCCUGAACCAAUUCGACAGCUCAGCCAUCGGCGCGAUUGCCCAAGCACCGCCCAUGCAUGGUGCUGGUGACGUCGACAUGGAUCUUGGUGGUCAGCUUGAUGGUGGUGAAGGUGGUGACUGGGUGAUGGUGAAUAACGAGAACAAGGACGCCGGGGCCGGUGCUGGAGAAACUAACUUGGAGGGAGCCAAUUUCGACUUUACCAACAUUGACAGUGCCGGUGAUGCUCUGGCGGCCUACUCCGAGCAGAACGACGGACUGGAUCUUCCUGAUCUUGAUAACUCUGCCUUUGGAGAUGCCUUCCACGCCUCUGAUAAUGAGCACACCCACCACCCGGAUGCUGAUGACAUGUCUUAA